CCUAAGUCUGCGUGCCAACUCUGUCUUUCUCCUACCUUCCUGAUAAAUCAAAACUCUCAUUUGAUCACCAUGACUGUUCGAUCCCAGCAUCAAGAUGAAACUGACAAAAGUUCCAAGCCUUCUUAUUAUUACUCCCCACCUUUGGAUGUUUCCGUUGCAUUCCCUCAGGCUACUCCAGCAUCAAAUUUUCCUUCUGCUGCCUCUGAUUAUUAUCAAUUUGAUGAUCUAUUGAGGCCUGAGGAGAAGGCUAUCCGUAAUAAAGUAAGAGAGUGUAUGGAAAAAGAAGUAGCUCCUAUAAUGGCAGAGUAUUGGGAGAAGGCGGAGUUUCCGUUCCAAAUUAUUCCCAAGCUCGGUGCUCUUAGUAUUGCGGGUGGUACCAUCAAGGGUUAUGGAUGCCCUGGUCUCUCGCUUACUGCAAGUGCUAUUGCAAGUGCAGAGAUUGCUAGGGUCGAUGCAAGUUGCUCAACUUUUAUCUUGGUGCAUUCAUCUCUAGCCAUGCUUACCAUUGCAUUAUGCGGGACAGAGGAACAGAAGCAGAAGUAUUUACCUUCUUUGGCACAGUUAAAAACUAUAGCUUGUUGGGCUUUGACUGAGCCUGACUAUGGAAGUGAUGCGAGUUCUCUGAAUACAACUGCAACAAAGGUCGAAGGAGGUUGGAUACUCGAGGGACAAAAACGCUGGAUAGGAAACAGCACUUUUGCAGAUGUAUUGGUUAUCUUUGCCAGGAAUACUACAACCAACCAGAUAAAUGGAUAUUUAGUUAAGAAGGAUUCCCCUGGAUUGACGGCUACAAAAAUACCAAACAAGAUUGGAUUGCGAAUUGUUCAAAAUGGAGAUAUUCUCUUAAAGAAAGUCUUUGUUCCGGAUCAGGACAGAUUACCUGGUGUGAACUCGUUUCAAGAUACAAGCAAGGUAUUGGCUGUUUCUCGAGUAAUUGUUGCAUGGCAACCUGUUGGCAUAUCGAUGGGUGUUUAUGAUAUGUGUGUCAGGUAUCUGAAGGAGAGGAAACAGUUCGAAGCACCGUUGGCGGCCUUCCAACUUAACCAGCAGAAACUUACUCAGAUGUUGGGUAAUAUCCAAGCAAUGACCCUUGUCGGUUGGCGUCUUUGCAAAUUGUACGAAGCAGGUAAAAUGACUCCAGGUCAGGCCAGCUUGGGAAAGUCUUGGAUUACCUCGACGGCAAGAAAGACAGUUGCUCUAGGACGGGAGUUACUCGGUGGCAACGGAAUUUUGGCUGAUUUUCUUGUUGCCAAGGCUUUCUGUGAUUUGGAACCCAUUUAUACGUACGAAGGCACGUAUGACAUCAACAGCUUGGUAACUGGCAGGGAAAUCACUGGCUUUGCCAGUUUUAAGCCAGCCUUAUCGACCCAGCGAAGCCGCCUGUGAAAGCUUGGUGUGAAUUUUCUUCCUUUACCCUCUGUAUGAGUGAUUAUAAAAUAAUUGGAAAAAGAAAAAGGAAUUGAUGUUGGACAAAGUUGAUCAACUUUGUUACUGAACAAGUUGAAUAAAUUAAUUGAAAAACAUAAUUGAUACA